AGGUGCAAAUCGCAAUAAACUCACAUAAAAACAUUGAAAAAAUGUCUGUACUGCGUUUUCUGGUAACGCGACAGGCUCUGGCGGCGCUAGCAAGGCGUCCGACCUUGACACCGCUGCAGAACUGUCGCCCAAUUACAUCGUUGGUCAGCAACACAGGCUGCAAAGCAAUAAUAGCAACAACAACAACAACAGCUGGUGCUGCAUGCCAAACGCAAUUGCAACAGACGCGUGGACACAAGAAAUUUGGCCAUGGCGAGGAGAAGACUCCUCGGGUGACGAAAUAUUUCCAUCUUCUGGUGCUCAGUUUGUUGAUCUCGGUGCUGGACUGGGGCAAAGUGAAACGCUUGCUGGUGCCCAAAGUGGAUGCCGAUGCGGGUCAGCGUCCAUCCAAUGCGGCCGGCGUAAAUGGCGAGAGUAGCGACGACACCGAUACCGAUGACGACGAAGAUGAUGGUGCGUCCAUCAAUCUGCACGAUGGCAAAAAGAUCAAGGAAAAAGUUGGUUUUCGCGAGCGCAAGAUCAUUGAGUAUGAGAAUCGCAUAAGGCAAUUCUCGACGCCAGAUAAAGUAUUUCGCUACUUUGCCACCAUCCAAGUGCCGGUGGCCGACGAUCGCCAUGAGGUCUACAUGACACCAACCGAUUUUUUGACUAGCAUGACGCCAGGCAUGAAACAACCAGAUGGUUUGGGGCUGGAUCAAUAUCGUCGCUACGAUCCCAAGUCCGUUGGGGAUCAGUUAAAUUUGCAAUUGGAGAAGAACAGCAUAUUUUAUAAGCUGGGCUCCUAUGGUUUAAUAACGUUCUCCGAUUACAUUUUUCUGCUCACCGUGCUUUCCAUCUCACGGCGACACUUUGAGAUUGCAUUUCGCAUGUUCGAUUUGAAUGGGGAUGGCGAUGUGGAUUGCGAGGAGUUUGAAAUGGUGGCGACUCUAGUGAGGCAACAGACCAGCAUGGGCACCAGGCAUCGAGAUCACGCAAACACAGGCAACACCUUCAAGGGCGUUAACUCGGCCUUGAUAACGUAUUUCUUUGGGCCAAACAUGGAUGAGAAGCUGACGAUCGAAAAGUUCUUAGACUUUCAGGAGCAACUGCAGCGUGAAAUACUUUCUCUCGAGUUCGAGCGCAAGGAGCCCAACGAGGAGGGCAAAAUAACCGAGGCGGACUUUGCCGAGCUGUUGCUCGCCUAUGCCGGCUAUCCGCCCAAGAAGAAGCAAAAGAAACUGAAGCGAGUCAAGCGACGCUUUCGCGACCAUGGCACUGGCAUAUCCGAGCAGGAUUACCUCGACUUCUUCCACUUUCUGAACAACAUCAAUGACGUGGACACGGCGCUGACUUUCUAUCAUAUUGCGGGCGCCUCAAUUGAUCAGCAGACACUGCAGCAUGUGGCCAAAACGGUGGCCAUGGUCAACCUGUCCGAUCACGUUGUCGAUGUCGUCUUCACCAUAUUCGACGAGAACAACGACAAUCAGCUGAGCAACAAGGAAUUCAUUUCGGUCAUGAAAAAUCGCGUGCAACGAGGUCUGGAAAAGCCCAAGGAUACAGGCUUCCUGAAAAUGAUGCGUUCGGUGUUCAAGUGUGCCAAGGAAACAAAACCCGUUCUAUUGGACAUCUAGUAAACUGUCAGCUGACUUCUUAUCAUGGAUCCUCGCCUAUCGAGUGCUCAAAGCGCACUUCUCAGUCAUUUUUCUUAAGCUUGCUUUCUUUUUACGUUUUUAUGUUUAGUUCAAUUUGUACUUAAAAACACUUUAGAGCAAUUGAAAAAAAAUAACAAUCUUUUGGGGUAGUCAACUGUGCAAUCUAUUAAUGAAAUUGAAUACUUUCCCUAUUUUCUAAAGACUAUUUUUUUACCAUGAUUUAACUGCAAUUAUAUAAACUUUAAAAUUUUUUAAAUUUGACGGGUUUUAUAAGAGAUUUUAGAUUUACUACCCUAAAUGUUGUCUUUAUAAUAUAUAAUUCUUGUAUAUUUGAACGAAUUUUCUAAUAUCUGUUUUGCUCCUAAUGCGUUUAUAAAAUAUAUGAUAAUAUUUAUGAUAUAUCCUUAA